AUGCGGUACUUGAGCGGUCUCCUUGCCGCCGCCCCCUUGCUGGGCCUCGUCUCUGCCCAGGUUUCCACAACCUGCAAUCCGUUGAACGCAACCGAUUGUCCUACCGAUCCUGGCUUCAACACCGAGUACCUCUUCAACUUCAACACCACGCCGUCGUAUGAGCUAUGGGAGACCACUGCUGGAUCCGUCACGUAUGACAGCGAGAAUGGCGCCGGCUUCACCAUCAACAAGCAGGGCGACUCGCCCACCAUCCGGACCCUCUUCUACUUCUUCUUCGGCCGUGUCGAGCUCCUCCUCAAGGUCGCCCCGGGCGUCGGCAUCAUCAGCUCUGCCAUGUGGCUGAGUGAUGACCUCGACGAGGUCGACUGGGAGUUCCUCGGUGUCAACAACACCGCCGCCUCCACAAACUACUUCGGAAAGGGUCUUCAGGACUACCACAAUGCCGGUGUGUACACCACCCGUGACAACCAGGCCGACUUCCUCAACUACACCACCGUCUGGACCAAGGAGGGCAUUGACUGGUACAUUGACGGCCAGCACGUCCGCAACCUCACUCCCGAUGCCGCCAACAAGACUCGAAACUACCCCCAGACCCCCAUGAGGCUCUCUCUCGGUAUCUGGGCCGGUGGUGACCCCUCUCUGCCGCAGGGCACCCGUGAAUGGGCCGGUGGUAACACCGACUACUCCAAGGGUCCCUUCACCAUGUACGUCAAGAGUGCCCACAUCACCGACUACGGCGGUGGUUCCGAGUACGCCUACGGCGACACGUCCGGUUCAUGGGAGAGCAUCAAGGUUACCGCCGGAAACUCCACGGCCUACAAGGCAAUCCAUGAAGCGCAAACACCCAAGCUGUCCAUCAGCCAGAAGUGGGACAACCUGCCUGCCGGCGCCCGAAUCGCCGUCUACGUGGCAGCCGGUGUCGUCGCCGCCGUCCUGAUCGGAGCCCUGCUCUGGUACUGCAUCAAGCAGCGCCAAUCGGGCGCCCGCGAGGCCCGCCUGGCCACCGAAAUGGAAAAGAUGGACCGUAUGGAACUCGACAAGCUGAAGCGCGAAGGCGUUGAUCCGGACGCGUAUACUGACUACGAUUCUCGCAGUAUGAGGAAAGAAGGCGUCGUCACCUCUGAUGCGCCCCCAGCAAACGUCAGCCCCCUGGACAGCAAGGGCUGGUCAGCCGUCAACAUAGAAUCGCCCAUGCAGUCGCCCGCCCCGUUCCUCAACAAGGAAAUCGGUGAUGCUCCCGGAAGCCCCGGAUCUCCCGCCCCGUCGCAUCCCGGCCCUGGGCGAGGCUCCGGCACGGCUCCCAUCCGAACCUUUAGUGCUAGCCACUCGGGCUACCAGGGAAUCCCCGGCGGAGAAGUCUAA